GUGAGUGUGUGUGUGUGUGUGUGUGUGAGAGAGAGAGAGAGAGAGAGAGAGAGAGAGACAUAGCUGUAACACUGUAAUAACACACUGUUUAUCGGAAUAACGGAGCUCGUGUGUAAACCUGAAACUAUGACAUGCUAAGAAACAUUCUGACGCGCACGUGCUGGAGCCGACUUCCGCUCAUGCGCACCGGUCAGUGCGCACUUCUCCGUGUUGAGAUGCCCAAUAAGUCCACACAGAGUGUGGGGAGUGUGUCGGCUCAGAGUGUCACUCCGGACCGAGGAGAACCGAACCUAGGACCAGCACAGCAGGAGAACCGAGGGGACGAUGACAUCAUCAAGUCACCCAGUGACCCCAGACAGUACAGAUAUAUAGAGUUGAAUAAUGGCCUUCGUGCUUUGCUGAUCUCAGACUUCAGCAGCUCUGAAGGGAAAUCAGAUGACGAUGAUGAUGAUGACGAUGAGGAAGAAGAGGAAGAUGAAGAGGAGGAAGAUGAUUCAGGAGAGGGAACAGAUGAUGAGUCAGAGGAAGAUGAUGAUGAGCAGGACAGUGACGAUGAGGAGGAGGAGGUGAAGAAGAAAAAGAAGAAUUCGGAGAAACAGUCAGCAGCAGCCCUGUGUAUCGGUGUGGGGAGUUUCAGUGACCCUGAGGACCUGCCGGGUCUCGCCCACUUCCUGGAACACAUGGUGUUUAUGGGCAGUGAGAAAUAUCCGCGUGAGAAUGGAUUCGAUGCGUUCCUGAAGAAACACGGCGGCAGUGAUAAUGCCUCCACUGACUGUGAGAGGACUGUGUUCCAGUUCGACGUGCAGAGGAAGAAAUUUCGAGAAGCUCUCGACAGAUGGGCUCAGUUCUUCAUCUGUCCUCUGAUGAUCAGAGACGCCAUAGAGAGAGAGGUGGAGGCUGUCGACAGCGAGUAUCAGUUAGCAAAGCCGUCAGAUUCGCACCGUAAGGAGAUGCUGUUCGGCAGUCUGGCUAAACCCCAUCACCCCAUGGCCAAGUUCUGCUGGGGGAACGCACAGACUCUGAAGACCGAGCCGAAGAAAAAUAAGAUAAACGUGUACAAGCGUCUGAGAAAGUUCUGGAAGAGACACUACUCUGCUCACUACAUGACGCUAGCCGUGCAGUCCAGAGAGACGCUGGACACUCUGGAGCAGUGGGUCAGAGAGAUCUUCAGCAACGUCCCUAACAAUGGUCUGCCCAGACCCGACUUCUCUCACCUGCUUGAGCCGUUUAACACUCCGGCCUUCAACAAACUGUACCGAGUGGUACCUGUGAGAAAAGAACACUCCCUCACCAUCACCUGGGCAUUUCCCCCUCAGGAGAAACACUACAGGGUGAAGCCGUUACACUAUCUGGCCUGGCUCAUCGGUCAUGAAGGAGCCGGCAGCAUCCUGUCUCUGCUCCGGAAGAAGUGUUGGGCGUUGGCUCUGUAUGGUGGUAACAGUGAGACUGGGUUUGAUCAGAACUCCACUUACUCCAUCUUCAGCAUCAACAUCACACUCACGGACCAGGGCUUCCAGAACUUCUACCAGGUGGCUGAUCUGGUGUUUCAGUACGUGAAGAUGCUGCAGCGUCUUGGCCCUCAGCUCAGAAUUUAUGAGGAAAUCCAGAAGAUUGAAGCUAAUGAGUUCCGCUACCUAGAACAGACAGAUCCGAUCGAGUACGUGGAGGAUGUGUGUGAGAACAUGCAGCUGUUUGCUAAAGAGGAUUUCCUAACAGGAGAUCAGCUGCUGUUCGAGUUUAAUCCAGAGGUGAUCGGCUCUGUCCUAAAUCUCCUCACUGCAGACAAAGUAAACUUGCUGCUGCUGUCUCCGGAACAUGAGGGUCUCUGUCCUCUGCAGGAGAAGUGGUUCGGCACUCAGUACAGUGUUGAGGAUAUCCAGCAACAGUGGAGCGACCGCUGGGCCUCAGACUUAGAGCUAAACUCAGACUUCCACCUUCCUGCUGAAAACCAGUUCAUUGCGACGGACUUUACACUGAAACCCUUGGACUGUGAGGACACAGAGUUUCCUGUUAAAGUCUCUGACGCUGCCCGAGGGUGUGUGUGGUACAAGAAGGACAACAAAUUUAAAAUUCCUAAAGCCUACGUGUGGUUCCAUCUCAUCUCCCCGCUGAUACAGAAGUCUCCUAAGAAUCUGGUCCUGUUUGACGUAUUUGUGAACGUGUUGCUGUAUAACGUUUCGGAGCCGGCGUAUGAGGCCGACGUGGCUCAGCUCGAGUACAAACUCACAGCGGAGGAACAUGGACUCGUCAUCAAGGUCAAAGGGUUCAACCAUAAACUACGGCUGCUGUUUAACCUGAUUGUGGAUCAUCUGUCUGAUUUCUCUGUGCCGCCCGACGUCUUCAGCAUGUUCACCGAGCAGCUGAAGAAGUCUUACUUUAACAUCCUGAUAAAGCCUGAGAAACUCGCCAAGGACGUGCGCUUGUUGAUCCUGGAGGCCGAGCGGUGGUCAGUGGUGCAGAAACACCAGGCGGUGGUGGAGGGGAUCAGCGUGGAUGAGCUGAUGGAGUUUGUAUGCAGCUUUAAGGCGGAGCUUUACGCCGAGGGACUGGUGCAGGGGAACCUCACUCGUACGGAGGCCAUUGACUUUCUGAACUACCUCACACAUAAACUACAGUACAGGAAGUUGUCAGCAGAAGUUCCUGUUCAGUUCAGGGUGGUGGAGCUGCCGCACACGCGCAGUGUGUGUAAAGUGAAGUCUCUCAGUAAAGGAGACGCGAACUCAGAAGUCACUGUUUAUUACCAGUCUGGAGCGAAGAACCUGCGAGAGCACACACUGAUGGAGCUGCUGGUGAUGCACAUGGAGGAGCCGUGCUUCGACUUCCUCAGGACUAAAGAGACUCUGGGGUAUCAUGUCUACCCCACCUGCAGAAACACCUCUGGCAUCCUCGGCUUCUCCAUCACUGUGGAGACGCAGGCCACCAAGUUCAGUACAGAGCAUGUGGAGAUGAAGAUGGAGGAGUUCCUGCAGAGCUUUGGAGAGACGCUGGCGGCGCUGACUGAUGAUGCGUUCAGGAGUCAUGUGACGGCGCUAGUGAAGCUGAAGCAGUGUGAGGACACACACUUAGGGGAGGAGGUGGAGCGACACUGGAACGAGGUCAUCACCCAACAGUAUGUCUACGACCGACUCCAGCAUGAGAUCAAGGCUCUGAAGCUGAUCAGUAAAGCUGAGCUGAUUGACUGGUUCCUGCAUCACAGGUCUCAGAUCAGCAGGAGACUCAGCGUGCAUGUGGUGGGAUUCGGGUCGCAGGAGAACGACCCCCCGGCUGAAGAGGAACCAGAGACAUCUCAGUAUGGCCAAGUGUCCGAACUGGUGUUCCUCUCUCCGUCACACACAUCCCCGUCUGACAUCAUCAUCACCAACAUCAGAGCUUUCACACACACACUGACGCUGUAUCCAUAUCACAAAGUCCUCCAGUAAACACACACACACACACACACACACGGUGUACAUACAUGACCCGGAGCUCUGAGGACAUGAGGCUGAUCCUGACUUUACAACAAUAAGAGUUUUACUUUAAACUCUCUCUCUCUCUCUCUCUCUCUCUCUCUCUCUAAGGGUGCCAAUAUAUUUGCAUAGUGUUGUUGAGUGAUUUGCUACACGCUGUCCUGUAUACAGUUUAUUCCCAUCAUUAAAAAGAGUUUGUAAAAGCGAUUAGAAAAUUUAUAACAGGUGCUUUGAAACGGAACCCCUGAAGCAGUUGUGUGAAACAGAGAUUUUUGAGCUCCAAGCUAGACGCGGCGCUGACGUUGCUGGACUCCAGCUGCGAGACUCAGGCGUUAAAGAGAUGGUCAGACUGAUGAAGCUCUUCCUGCUCUGCUGCUGUGUUUAUUAAACUUUUACUAACAUGCUUCACAAUUUGGAUCAUGAUUUCUAUCAUCUACAUGAAGAUCUCCCUGCGUCUUCUGACCUCUGACCAUGCCCGGGCCGAUAAUGAGAUAAAUUAGACACUUGAGGAAUGAGGAACAGGAGUGAGGCUGGUGAUGUCAGGGAGCUUCCUGUUAAUCUGGUGCUCUAUAACCCUCAGAAACCCUGUUUUCUUCCUAAUGUUUUAGUCUGGGCGAGGUGCCGCCCCCCAGUCAGUACUCUCCUAUCAUACGACAGGGUGAAGACCAACACCUGCCUGUCCGAGACACGUGAAUUUUUUCGAACUGCUGCUCAUGCUGCAUAAUGGGGUGAUGUAACACACACGGAGGAAAGCGCUAUCUGCACUCUUCCACAUACAUGAACAAUUGGGUAGUAUCGCUGUGAUUGACAGGGGAGGGAGAGUAAGCCCCACCCACACAGAAACCACGGACAAUUACGCCCUAUCCGUAUCGAUUUUAUUAUGUCAGAAUGGAAAUUAAUCAUUUGAGGUGUUCAGAGAGAAAACCACACGGCACUGUGUCAGAGAAUUAAGCCGAUUAUGUAUGUAGCAUGAUUACAUUUCAAUAAAUAAGUCAAUAAAAUGAAUAAAGUAAAAAGAAAUCCUUUGAUUUGUGAAAUUUCUUCG